AUGUCUCUCGGUAGACAUGCCUAUCGGCGUGCACUACAACCGUCUUCCACACAUCUCACUGACCACGUCUGGAUUAGCGAAGAACUGCUCGCAUCAACCUUCCGACGAUUCGCAACCAGUCAACGACGCUACGAAAGUCGAGUGCCAGGGCCCUUGGAAGCCAGAAGACGUCUGGCCAAGCGACGAAAUACUGCAUUAGCCGGUAUAGCCGGCUCAGGACCUCUAGAAGAUAUUGCGUGUUUGUUCGGACGAAAUGGGCGGGAGCACAUGAAAUGGACGGACUGGGAGGGACGAAAUGUUCACCCGGAGGCGCAUGUCUCGCCCCCCUUUCCAUUGAGUCCUCCGGAGCCUCCUUUGCCGUUCUACAGCGAAAACAUCGCCCCGAUGGAGUUCGACACAUUGGAUGGUAUCCGGGGGUUCCCGGAUACGUCACACAAAACCUCUCGUGAGCAGGCACUAGACGAAUUUCUGAGAUCACGUCCAUCGGUCACAGCUAUUGGGAUUUUCGUGCGCCAACUCAAUUUCGAUCUCCAGCGGGAGCCUACCUACAGCCGCCUGAUACUUAAGCACUUUCUGCGGCGAUCAGCCAACAUCGAGGGCGCCAUGAAGAAGGUUGUCGAAUUUCUCGAUGAUCCAUAUCUUAAUACUAGGGGGGCUGGAAAUUAUCUGUGCGCUCUUAAGCAUACCUUAUCAACAGCGGCGAUUCUCAGGAAACAGCCGGUAUUCGACGCCGUCAUUCGAUCGUUGGAGCUAGGGCUCUUACAUCCCAGUGAGCUUCAAGGUAUCAUAGAGACUAUAUCAAAUGUUAAAUUCGAACGAUCGAAUGGAUCCACAGCACGGAACUCCAGGUUCCUGGUCAGGUUUCAUCGGGAGAUGUGGGACGCCAUCGGACGUUGUGAUAUCUAUCGACACAAGGAUCUUAGCAAGGAUAUAGUCGAUGCAUGGCUAAGCAUCCUUUGCGAAAGACAAACUUAUGAGGACUUCAUACUGGCGAAGGACGUGAUUCUGGCAACCCAGGAUCCUAGUUCAGCUGAUUGUCGAUGGGUGCCUACUCUGAUUGCAUGCUGGCUAAAAGUUUCGGCGGAAUCACGACGUAGCAGCAAUCGGCAUUUUAUCAAGGAGCUUUUGGGCUAUUUCCAUCCCACUGCCACAUCUGAAAUCAUUAUCCGCACAGCCGAGUAUAUGGUGUCUACGAAGAUGGGCUGCUUGCUUGAGUGGCAGCGCCGCUUGUCCGAGCUUGACAACAUAACAAGUAUUGUCUCGUCACAGAUAUGGGUCGACAUUGGCACGCAACAUACUGCCGAGUCAUUGGGAUCUCCGCAAGAGAUGAACUCGACACUAUCAUUGAGGCACCAAAUCAUCUUGCGCAUUUGGAUGUUGCGAGCUCUUAGCAAAUAUCUCCCCCAGGGUCCGCUUUGGAGAAAAGACCGGAGGGUGACUGACUCACCGAUAACCCAUCUCUGCACAAUUUACGAAUCUACUCUCGACAAGGGCGGUUACGAGGACCUCUUAAGCAGCUUGAUGCUGGAAAUCCACACCCUCGGCAUACCAUCUAACGGCCUGCUGAUGUCGGUCGUGGAAUUGAAGGCUGCAAAGCGACGCACGACGCGAGCUCAAAGACGGACAUUGGCGAAACUCGAGACGACAAAAGUGUCUUUUGCAGAGAUGUUCUCAGAUAUCCAUGCUUACAACGCGUCAAACACCCAUUUCUUCUCCGUCUAUGAGAAGAUGGCACGGCAGAUCGAUGUCACCGACCCUUCGUUCGUAAAUCAUGCCAUUGAAAUCGCCAGAGACGGGAACGUUCAAAGAAUCUGGACACUGAUCCGUUUAUUCCGUUGCCACACUCCCCUCAAAAUUGCGAUAUCGAGCUUUUGGCCGCGUGUCCCAGACCCCUCGGAAAAAGCUCUGGUGCGCUACUACCCAGAGCCAAGAACCUCGCUCUGCCCAGACCCUCAUUUGGCCGUAGAGAUGCUCCACCUCUUUGCUGUUUCUCUCGCAUGUUCGAGGAACAUCAGCCCGCGCCGUGCCUAUGCGCUGGUCCACUGGCUCUACGAUUUCCUGAUGAAGCACAACGCGCACGUGAAACCGUCACUUGUGCGCGCUAUGUAUCAUGCUGGUGUAUUGCGUUUCCGAAGAGCAGGGUUGAACGUUGCGCCCACUCAAUAUGCCUACAUCCUUGACCGCGUGAAAGAAAUUGAGACACCGGAAAUGGUGCAAGCCCUCAUGGAGCCGCCCCGCGUGGGGGAAAGCGGGAAGUGA